AUGGCUGGCAACAAGAAAAAGAAGAAGCCCGCCGCCAACCCGGCACGCGGCUUUGCCACUACCUCAAUUGCCUCCAAGCCUCGGCCAGAUGUAUCCGACUCAGAAGCAAGGCCCUCGGUUGAUGGUGUUUCUGGAGCUUCUGCCCCUCCAUCCAAAGAAAUUGCCCCGCCAUCCGCCAAACCGACCUCUGGUGAUGAUCAUGGCCGUAGUGCUGGCCGGCCGAACAACGAGGACAAGCCUUUGAGCCCCGAAGAAUUUGAAAAACAACUACAGGAAUCCGAGCUACAGCUUUUCGUCGAGAAGCACGCCCAGAAAACUAAGCGUGAUGCCCAGCGACAACGAACCCGCCUCGAGACGGACCGACGACUGCUCCGUGGCCAGGCCGAUCUGGUCAACGCUCCGAAAUGGUUGCCUCCAGAUCAGGUAGAACAUAUUCUCGACCUUAUCAAGGCGGAGAUGAGGUUUGCCGGGUCAAGCCUGUCGUCCGAAAAUGCGGUCACAGGAAAGCUUCCGUCCGAGGAGGAUAUGAUUGUUCGGCUGUGGACCUUGCGCCAGACCUUGACCGCCGCUGGAUUCCCCGACACACGAGUAGAAGCUGUUCUCAAACACAUUUUGGAUAUCGCUACAAAUGUUUCGUCUCCCGUCAAAGACUCCAUCUGGGGCCUGGAUGAGUCCUUGGAGUGGCUUGCCCGAGAAUGCUCAGCCGACGAACUACCCUCAUACGAAUUCAAGGGCAAGCCCCUCUCCAGAGGUAUUCUUCCAUUGCCAUCUGAAAUUUUUGACUAUGACAAGGCCUCCAAAGUCCCAGCACUAAUACAAUUCACAGACACUCCCACAGAUACCCCAAACGCGUCACGCCCCGUUACUCCCAAGCCCCAGCCACUCAGCUCCGGCAAGAAUAAAGCAAAUCCGCGAGGCGGCAAGUCUGCAUCGCCAACUAAAAAGCUUACUGUAACAUACGAUCUAGACAUAGAACCUGAGGAUCUGAUACCCGAAUACGUUUCCGCAAAAGCAAAGCAUCUUGAGCUCAGCCGUAGCAUUAGACCAACCGACAACGACGACAAGGCACCACUAGAGAUUGCCAAACUCGAAGCUAAAAUCAGAAAGAUUGAGACGGAUGUUCUUUUCGACAAGUUCAGUGCUGACCUCAAGUGGAAAUCGGAGAGAAUUAUUAUGGAAAGACAGUUGGCUUCUGCCAAGAAGGAAGCACAAGCUGUGGCAGAGGAAGCCAGACCAAAGGCAGAGCAAUCACCGGAAGCCAAGGCCGACAAUGGUGUGAACGAUGAGGCGGAGCGUACUGCCGCGGAAAUCCUUGCUGAGGAAGAUGGAGAUGGCGACGAUAUUGCUGGACUAUUUGCAUCCCUCCCACAGAAUGAGGUGGAUCCGAACACGGGCAAAACUCAGACGGUUAUCAAUGCUGCGGAUGGUACUAAACUUGUCCUUCGGGACUUCGGAAAAUGGACCGGAUUAGGCCCUAGAAGAGUUUUGGAGGACUCGUGCCGUUCCAGAGACGCAUCUGUCAGGUUUACAUACAAUGUAGUUUCGGAAGCCGCAUUUAUCAGCCGGCAAUCUGUCGAUAUUUUGUGGACGAAGCCCCAGGAACUUCCUCAUAUCUUACCCAAUUCUGAUGUCGAAGUCGCCGCUGACACGACACACUUCACUUUCACCAUGAACAGUGUUGCCGCGUCUGAUUCCAAGCAAUCCGAGGCUUACAUAUCUACAGCCGCUCUUUUCCACAUAUUCAAUGGUAAUUCGAAAGAUGAGAAAGUUAGUCUAAGACUACCGCCUGUUUGGAAGGAUCUUUGGUCAGAAAUGGCAGAGGCAAAGAAAAACCAUGUGGAUACUCAGGAUCGCGAAGCAGUGAGGUUAUUGAGGACCAUGGUUCGCCAACGACAAGAUCAAGAGCUAGAAGAUGGUGUUAUUGCUUUCCGAGGUCGUGGAGUAGCCAGAAGCCCACCUGAUUCGACGCAGAAUGGAUCCUUGGAUCGCUCAAAGACAAGCACAGCUGGAGCAGAAUCGUUGCAGAAAAUUUGGAUUGACAAGGCCAGUACUAAAAAGUUUCGAGAUAUGUUGCAAUUCCGCAUGCAGCUCCCCAUGUGGCAGUUCCGACCCCAAGUCCUUGCGGCAGUCGAUGGUAACCAGGUGGUUAUUGUCUGUGGAGAGACAGGAUGCGGCAAGAGCACCCAAGUGCCUGCGUUUUUGCUGGAACAUGAACUGUCUCAAGGCAGACACUGCAAAAUAUACUGUACAGAACCUCGCAGAAUCUCGGCAAUCUCGCUGGCGAGGCGUGUAAGCGAUGAACUUGGCGAAAAUAAGAGUGAUCUUGGUACCAACAAAUCUCUUGUGGGCUACUCUAUUCGUCUCGAGGCCAACACAUCUCGGGAGACUAGACUGGUCUUUGCAACGACCGGUGUGGUCAUGCGAAUGUUAGAGGGAUCCAAUGAUCUUCGUGAGGUAACACACCUGAUUCUAGAUGAAGUCCAUGAACGAUCAAUCGACAGCGACUUUCUUCUCAUAGUCCUCAAGAGGCUCUUGACGAAGAGGAAAGACCUCAAGGUUGUGCUCAUGUCUGCCACUGUUGACGCCGAACGCUUCUCGGCAUAUUUGGGUGGCGCGCCAGUUCUGAAUGUCCCUGGCCGAACAUUCCCAGUGGAUGUACGGUAUCUCGAAGAUGCCGUUGAACUCACAGGAUACCGACCGAGCGACUCUUCCGAGGAGAAGAUGGUGGAUCUUGAUGAUGAUAUUAUGGAAGGAGAGAGCAACGGUCCGAAGAGUGAAAUCUCGUCAAGCUUAUCGGCCUACUCUCCGCAGACGAGAAACACAUUAACUCAAUUAGACGAAUACCGCAUCGAUUUCGAUCUAAUUCUGCAGCUGAUGGUGCACAUUGCCUCGGAUGAGUCCCUUGAAUUUUACAGCAAGGCAAUUCUAGUGUUUUUACCAGGUAUUGCUGAGAUUCGAACCCUCAAUGACAUGCUCCUCGGAGACCCACGAUUCGUCAGAGACUGGUUGAUAUAUCAUCUCCAUUCUUCCAUUGCUACCGAGGACCAAGAGUCGGCCUUCCUUUUGCCGCCGCCAGGAAUGCGCAAGAUUGUGCUUGCUACCAACAUCGCUGAGACUGGUAUUACUAUUCCGGAUGUUACUUGUGUUAUCGACACCGGAAAGCAUCGCGAGAUGCGAUUUGACGAGAAGAAACAGCUCUCUCGAUUGAUUGAUACCUUUAUUUCUAGAGCCAACGCGAAACAAAGACGGGGUCGCGCUGGUCGUGUCCAAAAUGGUCUCUGUUUCCACAUGUUCACCAAAUCUCGGCAUGACUCCCUUAUGAGUGACCAGCAGACACCUGAAAUGCUCCGUUUAUCCCUACAGGACCUGGCUAUUCGCGUCAAAAUUUGCAAGAUUGGCGGAAUCGAGGAGACACUUGGUGACGCGCUGGAUGCUCCAUCCGCCAAGAAUAUUCGCCGUGCUAUUGAUGCAUUGGUAGAUGUUCGUGCCUUGACAACAGCCGAGGAGCUCACUCCUUUAGGCCAUCAGCUUGCGAGGUUACCUCUAGAUGUGUUCCUGGGCAAGCUAAUAUUGUUGGGCACCGUAUUCAAAUGUCUCGACAUGUCCAUCACCGUUGCUGCUAUUCUUUCAUCCAAGUCACCGUUCUCGGCACCCUGGGGUCAGCGAGCACAAGCUGACAAUGCACGAAUGGCCUUCCGUCGAGCCGAUUCCGAUCUUCUCACCAUAUACAACGCCUACCUUGCCUGGAAGCGAGUGUGCCAAGCCAACAGUGGCGCAAGCAAAGAAUUUCAAUUCUGUCGCAAAAAUUUCAUGAGUCAGCAGACGUUGGCCAAUAUCGAAGACUUAAAGGGCCAACUGCUUGUAUCUCUAGCAGACUCGGGCUUCCUUUCCUUGACAGAAGAAGAGCGCCGUGCACUCGCACGACUUCGAUUCGCACAGGGCCGUCGACGCCAGCAAAACUUUUACGAAGUUCCCCGACGUGUUAACAUCCAUAGUGGGAAUGACUUGAUUUCCUCGUCGGUCAUUGCAUGGAGCUUCUACCCCAAGCUUCUUGUUCGCGAUACCCCUGGUACCAAGGGUCUCCGUAAUAUUGGCAACAAUCAGAACAUCAGCUUGCACCCGUCCUCCGUGAAUAGGGGCUUUCCGGACAUUAAAUGGUUAUCCUAUUACCACAUCAUGCAGUCAAAGACUGUUUAUCACGCGCACGAAACCACUGCAGUUGAAGCAUUUGCCAUUGCCCUUCUUUGCGGCGACGUCCGCUGCGAUAUGUUCUCGGGUGUGAUUGUCCUUGACGGUAACAGAGGACGCUUCGCACUACCGGACUGGAAGACUAUGCUCGUUCUCAAAGUCCUCCGUACUCGACUCCGCGAAUUACUUACUCGGUCGUUCAGACAGCCGGGUAAAUUACCGACGGCCCAGCAGGAGAAGUGGCUGGAAGUGUGGCAGAAGUUGUUCACGCAGGAUCAGAGGGAUGAGGGAAAAAGUAGCGGUCUGUCUGUGGCUGUGGCAAAAGCAUAG